AUGGCGUUACUGUGGACCCCGUACGCUGACGAAGCUCUGGACUUGAGUAAAGCCGCCGUGAAGACGGAGCCGGUGGCACCGAGCCCGCCCUUGCUCCCUUACAUGCCCACCACGACCAGCCCGGUGCCGUUCUACCCUGCCAUGUACCAUGGUUACCCGCAAGUGCCUCCUGUCAGCCCAAUGUACCAUGGAUACCCAGUUCCUGAGAUGUCUCCGAGCAGCAGCUCAGGACACGACGAAGCUAUGCUAUCAGGCAAUCGGAUGGCAACAUUAUCACCACCAGACUCACCUGAAGCUAACCACGAUCAUCAAAGCCUCGCCAGGCUGUCAAACCACGUCGAUAUGGAGUUCCUGACUGAUGACCCCAACUAUCAAGCUUUUGAGCGUGACGCUUUAAGAGCCAUGGCUGAGAAGAACGGAGGAACUUUAUUAGGAAACAAUCCUCGUAUGCGCCGCUCCGUCCGCUCCACAAAGGAAACUGUGGAUGACUCUUACAGACAGCAGAGGGAGAGGAACAACUUCGCUGCGAAGCAGAGCAGAGACCGCAGGAAGCUGAGAGAAGUGAGGCUCGCCCUUAAAGUGACUUACCUUGAAAAGGAAGCAGCAAAGCUUAAGGCAAUGCUUGCUUCGGGACUUUGUGUUAGAUGUAAUUCUUUCCGCGAAUAA